GGAGGGAGGGUGGAUGACGGCGAGAGUGUGUCAGAGCCACACACACACACGCUCGCUCGCGCACAGCUUUAUUGAGACAGGAGGGGACAGAGUCAGACGUGAAGAAGAUGAUGCGGAGCGAGAGAGCAGGAAAGAAUGACUACUGAGCGGGUGGCUCGUCCUUGUUCACAAACCGGCUCUCGCUGAGACACCAUGGGCUGCAUCGGCUCCCGCACCAUCACGGCGGAUGCAGUUCCUGUUCGGAAAGAUGGGGAGCAGCAUGGACGUGCCGAGUAUUCCUGGGAAGGAAUCAAUCUGUCUAUGGAGGACACCACCUCGAUUUUGCCUCGUCUAAAGCGAAACUCAGACUCUUACGGGAUUGGAGCUCUGGCUAAGUCCUCUCUGUCAGGUGUGUCAGGGGUAACUAGAUCGAUGAAGGAUAAAGUGACCAAGCCCACCGCUAUGGCUCAGGGUCGUGUGGCACAUAUGAUCGAGUGGCAGAGCUGGGGCAUACCAUCAGCAGGGCCGGAAGGGGGAGCGGGUCGUUCCAACCUGGUCCGCGAGAGGGAAAGACGGCUCGAAAAUGAUGCUUAUAGUGACUUGAGCGAUGGGGAGAAAGAGGCGAGAAUGGCAGCAGGAAUCAUGCAGCAGUUUGCCAUAUCCGAGGCAACACUGUCAGCCUGGAACUCAAUGUAUGGAGAGAGUUUCUGUGCAGACUCCAACCAGGGCAGUGUUGCUCACCUCAGUGAAGUCAACCAGGAGAGCAUCACCAGCAGAGACCAGCCAUUGCAUCAUUCCUCUGCAGAAGUGUGGCCUCGCACCUACGUCUCCCAUGGCCUUUACUGCCUCUCCUCCUCUGAUGCAUGGGAGCCAAUCAGCAACGAGCCCUCGGGCGUGGCUUCACCUGCCGCAGGCUCCUACAUAAUGGCGGGCGGGGCUUCGGGUGAGGGUUACGAUGGCUCCGCCCACUACCUGACGCAGCAGCAGCUGACGUUGCAGCAGCAGAACCACCUGCAGCAGCUGCAACAGUAUCAGCAGCAACAGCUCCUGCAAUACCAACAGUCAUUGGAACAUCGACUGCACAGCACCUCCCACUCCUUACAAGCCACGCCCAACAGCACUAUCCAUAGCCUGGGCCCACCCACUCACCCGAGACUGGCUGACUUGUGGGCCGCAGCACAGGUGGAGCCCCAUCAAAUGGAAAUGAUGGCAGAAAUGGGAAUGGCGGAAGUUUAUGCGGUAGAAUCCACUGCGGAGACUGAAUGCAUCCCUGAGCAGAGAGAGGAGGAGGAAAUUAAGGAGGAUAUAACAUUAACACUCAAACCCGAGCUGACAUCGGUAACUCCCGCCCUAACCCCUCCACCACAGAGAGAAGACUCCACCCCACCUAGGGGCAUGAGCCCGGAGCAAGCACCAGCAGAGCCAAUGGCUGAGCACAUGGCCUACGAGGUCACAUCCUGCGUCGUCCAAUCGCUGGAGGAAGUGGAAGUGGAGAAUGGGGCUAUUGUUGUUGUGGCAACCAACUGACAGUUCAGAUUUACUGAGAGCGAGCAAAGGACACACUGAGAAAAAAAAACCUUACCGUCUGUGAAAUAACCAACCAGUUACGCUAUUCUAUACGCCAUUUUACCACAGAUAUGUACUCGUGUGGACUGUCACACGUGGUGGAAGAACUUUGCUGUAACGGGGACAGAUUUAUUCUUUAUUUAACAGUGAUGGAGCGCAAGGUGGAAGAAUGCACUGGGGCCCAUAUAGAGACUAAACGCGUGGGAGCGCAAAGCCGACAUGUUGCUGCUGCUGCAGAACGCUGGAGGUUUAUAGGCGAGAGA